AUGGAGGGAGCAAUGACUACUAGUUAUAAAACAGCUGUUGUUCAUGGUGAUAGACAGAAUGGUGAUCGCAGAGUUGGUCAACUAAACCGGUACCAGGGUCAUAGAGGUGGUGAUAAAGGAAAAGGGAUUGCUAAGGAACCACAAGGAGAUGUUAGAAUGGAAGGUUCUUUUCACCCCUAUCGUGAGAAAGGCUCUAGGGGUCACAAGGCGACACAAUAUGGUAAUACAAGGCCUGUGAAUCUUUCCAGGGGAUCGAAACAAGCUCACAGUACUGGAGGGCAUCAAGCUAUGGAAAAUCCAGAGAAACUAAUGCUCAAUGCUUUCAGAGGAGUUGACGGAUCACCUCCAAUGGGAAGGUUUCCAACAGACAAAGAGGCUGGUGGUGGUACUUCAUCAAAGGCUCGUAAAGCUCUACUCUUUGAGGAGGAGGAACCAGGGGCGGUAGUGGAAGCUCAGCAUCUCGAGAAUGAGAUAAUUCCAGUGGAAAAUUUCAAUGGAGAUCACGAAGAGGAACCAGAAAGUGACAAAGUUGUGGAGGUGCAAACGCAGUCAAAUAGGAAUGGAGUUGACUUGUUGGCGGAUGGGGAGGUGAUGUCGGAUUCAGAGCUUCUUGUGGAGGAUGGAGAGUUGGAAGGUUGGGAACAAGGUGCUGAAACGGAUUUCAUGGAGGACAAUGAUAUGGUUACUAAUGACCAAGCUCUUGCAGACCUGGAGAUCGCUAAUGAUCAUUCCAAAACAACCUUGGAAGCCAAGAAUUUGGGAGACACAAGCAAGGGAAUGGACGGCAUGGACGGCAAGUUAAAGGCAAAGAAUGGUACUGUGGAUGCAGGAGGCCCUUCUAAGAAAAGAAAUGCUUCAGUGUUUGCUUCACCACGCAAGAAGUUGUUGGCACAAGCUGCUGCUAAGGUAGGUGAGAAAGGCUCCAGGAAGGUUACUGGUAAGCCUAAGAUUCCACCUCAGUAA